GAUGAAGUGCGCAUGCCCGAACAAGUGACGCUUCCGCUGUGCUAUUUCUAUUGACAUGUACAGCUGCCUUCUGAGAGCGCUGGCGGUCAGGGUGGCGUCAUCUUAGUUUCCGCCUUCUCUUCAUUUUAUAGCUACAACUUUUAUCAGACAGAUCUUACAGAAAGCGACAUUUCAACGAUCAGUUAGAUCUUGUUGGAGUAAAUCUGUCAAACUUUAACUGACACCUCCGUGAGCUGAGGACCUAAGGUAGCCCGCGUCAUCCCGCAGCUUGCUGCUGUCUCUGUCGUCCUGUGGGAUUCACCGACUCAUCUCGUUAACGCUGGUCGAAGCAGAAGCUGAGGAGUCGUCCGGGGCGGGGAUAUGAACUCUGACGCCAGCUGUGGACGGACAGAGCUGGAACGUAUGCUGUGAUUUUAUCUCGGGUAACGGCAGGUGGAGAAUGGGGAACAGUGCUCUGAAAUCUCACCUGGAGACCUCCCAGAAGACUGGAGUGUUUCAGCUGACGGGAAAAGGACUGCAGGAGUUUCCAGAAGAGCUGCAGAGACUCAGCGGUAACCUGAGGACCGUGGAUCUGUCUGAUAAUAAGAUUGAGGAUCUUCCUGCUACUGUUGGAAACUUCCUGCAGCUCAAGAGUCUGAUGCUGAAUUCCAACAAACUCACCAGUAUUCCCCCUGAGAUUGGGAAACUAAAGAAGCUCGAGACUCUGGGUCUGAAUGGAAACCGGAUCCACCAGCUUCCAGCCACCUUGGGACACCUCAAAGCCCUACGGACCCUCAGUCUGGCUGGGAACCAGAUCUCAGAGUUCCCCUCUGGACUGGGGACACUGAGGCACUUGGACCUCCUGGACCUUUCCAGAAACCAAAUCCAGAAUGUUCCUGCGGUGGUGUCUGAACUGCAGGCCAUUGAAAUCAAUCUAAACCAGAACCAGAUUUCAGCCUUGUCGGCAGAGGUGUCUCGCUGUCCCCGUCUGAAGGUUCUUCGUCUGGAGGAGAACUGUCUGGAUCUGUCCUCUAUUCCCGGGUCCAUCCUCUCUGAGUCACAGGUGUCUCUGUUCUCUGUGGAGGGAAACCUGUUUGAGGUCAAGAGGCUUCGAGACCUGGAUGGAUAUGACAAGUACAUGGAGCGCUUCACAGCCACAAAGAAGAAGUUUACCUGAAGACCCUCAUAGAACGUUGAAGAGUUGGUGGCAGAAUCCAGACCAGCCGCUGUACAGCUACUGCUUCAAUCCAGACCUUCAUUCAGACCCCCUCACAGUGAACCCCACCCACCCCCUCUGUUGAAGCAGUGAUCUGCUGUAGGUUCAAUGACUUUGAGCUGAGAUGGGUCACAGCCAGGUGAACCAGAUACAGAGGACAUGUGUAUGACAUUUUACAGAACCGUUAGGUUUAACACUAAUGAACAAACAUCAUUUCAUGUUGAUUAGAAUCAGUACAUUUUUUUCAUCUGCACAGAUUUUUUUUCCACUUGGUGGAGUUUAGGUUCCUUUUAUAAAAGUCUGUCUGCUGGUUUAUGAAUGCAGAUGUCUUCACUUGUGCAGCUGGUUCAGUGUCUCUGUUCUCUGCAAAGCAGCUGCUAAUCUGAGGUCAGUUUGUAGGUGUGGGCUAUAUAUUCUGUAAAUAAUGUAGAGCUGAUCUCUGGAUUGACCUAAUGAAGGAAAUCCACUAACUUUAUUAAAGGACGGACAAAGUUCUGUCUUCGUGUUUAAACGGUUUGUGCUAACUCCUCCCACACACACACAAUAACAAAAAGAAAACCUUCUCAGAAAAGUCUCACAGUGUGUGAAUUGCAUCAUACAACAGCAGAGAACAUUAGAAAAAGCUCAGCCUGCACAUUACAACUGCAGAUAUGAGAUGCAGGUGUUCAGAGUUCCAGGAUGUAAUAAAUAUGUAGGUGGCAUUGGCGAGAAGUGUAUGUUUGGAUUAAUGGGUGAUGAUGAAUGGGCAUGAAUUUUACAUAGAUUUUCAAAAAUACCACUGGUUUCAGUGAAUGAGGGAUCAGGACAGGCCGAACUUUUUGAUAACCCUGUCCAGCCCCUUCCUGUCUCAGUGAAGGUGCUGCUCCAACAAACCACACCGUACAGGAUGGCUGAUGCCACCAGAGUCAUACGCGGUCUUCAGCAGUGACAACAGCCCCCUCAGUCUUCUCUGCUCUGAACCCUUCCUGUACACUGCAUCCAUGUUGGGUCCAGUACAUUUUUUUGUUUAGAUGCACACCAAUAGACAACAACACCUUGCCAGUCACAGAUCAAACUAAAACUAAUCCAUGAUUAAAUGUUCUGGGUUGAGAUUCCACCUGCUCCCAGUUGAACCCAACACACUCCAAACUUCAAGUGAAUGUUGGAAAUUUCUUUUAGUGGUUUCCUGUGUUGAUGCUGUUAUAAUUAUUAAUGAAAUAAACUAACUACAGACUCAAACGGACAGGCAGCAGA